AUGAGGGCAUUCAAUCUUCAAUCAAUACAAGGCUUGCGCCAAGUACAAUCGAGAUUAUCUCGUCGAUCUUGCUGGAUUCGCCCAGGAUGUCGAGUCCUACAAACACCCACUUCGCGAUGGAAUAGCUCUCAAAGCUCUGCGACAGAGAAGGAGAAGCCAUAUUAUGUGACCACGCCAAUUUUCUAUGUCAAUGCUGCUCCUCAUAUUGGUCAUCUCUAUACCAUGGUCUUAACCGACGUCCUUAAACGAUGGCAAGUGAUCAAUGGCAAGGAAGCGUACCUUUGUACUGGAACCGAUGAACAUGGCAUGAAAAUUCAACAGGCAGCUUUGAAGGAAGGCAUUUCUCCAAAAGAGUUGUGUGAUAACAAUUCGAACAAAUUCAGAGAUCUCGCUGAAGCCGCCAAUAUUUCCCACGACUACUUCAUCCGAACCACCGACCAGGAACAUAAAGAAGUUGUUCAACAAUUCUGGCUUCUCCUCAAGGCCCGUGCCCCUGAAGGAUUGGGUUUAUACAAGGGAAAGCAUGAGGGCUGGUACUGUGUCAGUGAUGAGUGCUUCUACCCUGAAGAUCUUGUCGAACCUAGCGUUGUACCGCAAACCGGUCGCAAGAUCAUGGCCAGCACCGAGACAGGUAAUGAAGUUGAAUGGAUUGCUGAACACACGUGGUUUUUCCCUCUUUCAAAGUACAAGGAUAAGCUGCUUCGCUUCUACGACGAGAACCCUGAUUGGAUCCAGCCAGCUCAUCGUAUGAAUGAAGUACGAAACUGGGUCGAAAACCACCUUGAGGAUCUUUCAGUUACUCGCCCUACGUCAAGAUUGAACUGGGGAAUUAGAGACCCCGAUGACCCAAGCAGCACCAUCUACGUCUGGGUGGAUGCCCUUGUCAAUUACCUGACCAAGGCUGGAUUUGGCACCAAGUGGCAUGUUGACGACGCCGACACAGGUAUCUGGCCAGCGGAUGUACACGUUGUUGGCAAGGACAUUAUUCGGUUCCACGCAGUCUACUGGCCUGCUCUGCUCAUGGCUGCAGGUCUCCCUCUACCCAAGAAGAUUCUCUGCCACAACCACUGGACCAUGUCGAAUCGCAAGAUGUCCAAGUCUCUUGGAAAUGUCGUCAACCCAUUCUCAGCAGUGCAAAAGUGGGAUCUUGACCCUCUGCGAUACUUCCUUAUGCGAAACGGCAGUCUCAAGGGUGACAUGAGCUACUCGAAUGAGUCCAUCAUGGUCAUCUAUGAAAAGGAACUCCAAGCUAAUAUCGGUAACUUGUUUAAUCGCAUUUCUCGCAACAAGAACUUUUCUUGGUCAACUUUAGGGGCAGUUCAGGCUGCUAGAAAUGGUGAAUUCGACAACAUCGAAAGCGCUGUGCUUCGUGGAUUCGAAAACGCCGACUUUUUGAGUCUCGAAUCAACACUGAAGGAGGCACCCACAAGCAUUCGACGUGAUAUGGAUGAGAUUAACUUGAGUAAUGCGCUUCGAGGCAUCUUCGAGCUUCUUCGAGAGGCAAACCGCUUCAUCAGUGAUACUGAGCCCUGGAAGAUGACCAAGAGCGAGGAACCCAAUGCCAAGGUUUGCACCAACUGGGUUAUAUACGAAUGCGCCGAGGCUGUGCGAAUCGCGGGUAUCCUCCUGCAGCCUGUUAUGCCUACAAAGGCCGAAGAGCUCCUGGAUAAUCUUGGUGUCAAACCUGAGAGACGCACUAUCGAAUUUGCUCGCAAGGGUGCUGAUCUCGAAUAUGGCACGCCGCCUCUUACGACAACCAACAUCAAGCCCAACAGCUUCCAGAGUCUGUUCCCUCCUGUUGCGGCAGUUGACUUGCCCGAUACCCCAAUCAACGCACCAAAGGGCAAGGGCAAGGUCAAGAAUCGGCUGGGGCGUGUGGCAGGUUCUUUGGCUGAAGAGGCUCGAGAAAGUAAAAAUUAG